CGCGCGCUCCGCCCGACCCGAGGUGCCCGCGCUCGUCCCGCCCAGGCCGCGCCCAGCUGGAAUGCAGAGAUCGCCGCCCGGCUACGGCGCACAGGACGACCCGCCCGCCCGCCGCGACUGUGCAUGGGCCCCGGGACCCGCGGCCGCCGCUGAGCCGCGCGGCCUCCCCGCCGCCGCCGCCGCCGCCCCCGCCGCGCCCGCCUCGCCGCCCAGCCCGCCGCGCAGCCCGCCGCGCAGCCCCGACCCGGGGCGCUAUGGCCUCAGCCCGGCCGGCCGCGGGGAGCGCCCGGCGGCCGACGAGUCGCGCAUCCGGCGGCCCAUGAACGCCUUCAUGGUGUGGGCCAAGGACGAGCGCAAGCGGCUGGCGCAGCAGAACCCGGACCUGCACAACGCGGUGCUCAGCAAGAUGCUGGGCAAGGCGUGGAAGGAGCUGACGCCGGCCGAGAAGCGGCCCUUCGUGGACGAGGCGGAGCGGCUCCGCGUGCAGCACCUGCGCGACCACCCCAACUACAAGUACCGGCCGCGCCGCAAGAAGCAGGCGCGCAAGGCCCGGCGGCUGGAGCCCGGCCUCCUGCUCCCGGGCCUGGCGCCCCCGCCGCCGCCGCCAGAGCCCUUCCCCGCGGCGCCGGGCCCGGCGCGAGCCUUCCGGGAGCUGCCCCCGCUGGGCGCCGAGCUCGACGGGCUGGGGCUGCCGACGCCCGAGCGCUCGCCGCUGGACGGCCUGGAGCCCGGCGAGGCCGCCUUCUUCCCCGCGCCUGAGGACUGCGCGCUGCGAGCCUUCCGGGCGCCCUACGGCCCGGCCGAGCUGCCCCGGGACCCCGGCGCCGCCUACGGUGCGCCCCUGGCCGAGGCGCUCAGGACCGGCCUGUACUACGGCCCCGGCCCCUUCCCCGGGCCGCUGUCACCACCCCCCGAGGCGCCCCCGGCCGAGGGCGACACGCUGGGGCCCGCGGCCGACCUGUGGGCCGACGUGGACCUCACCGAGUUCGACCAGUACCUCAACUGCAGCCGGACCCGGCCCGACGGCGCGGGGCUCCCGUACCACGUGGCGCUGGCCAAGCUGGGCCCGCGGGCCAUGUCCUGCCCCGAGGAGAGCAGCCUGAUUGCCGCGCUGUCCGACGCCAGCAGCGCCGUCUACUACAGCGCCUGCAUCUCGGGCUAGGCCCCCGGCCUCGGACCUGCCGGCCGCCCGCCGCCCUUCCGGGUCGAAGCGCCCCGUUCUCUUCCUGCAGUGUAUUUUCUAGAACCGGGCUGUAUUUUUUACUUUGCCUUUUUUAUAUGCGUAAUACAACAUAUUUAAUUUUUGAUUAAACUUUGAAACUUCUUCCAAGGGGUGCCGGUGACCGAGAGCACCGAUGUCCAAGGCUGUUUGAGUAUGAAGAGUAGCAGUGUUUGCUUUAAAGGAGGAGCAGGAGCUGGGUCGCCCCCGGGGCCAGGCGAGGCCACAAUAAAGUGACUCGCUCUUUCCUCUGAA